AUGUGUGAUCAAGCUACGCAGCGUUUAUGUCUCACGAUACAUAACAACCUUCAUGAGGGUGAUAUCACUCUCAAGAAUUUGAUAAGUCUCAGCGGCCAACCAUAUGAAAAGGGCAAAAGCCUACGCCUUUUAUCCACCGAAGACGUGGAAAACAUCAGGAUUCAACCUGGCGAAAGCAAAUCGAUAGGCUUUUGUGGAAGCGCGACAUUGGCACUCGGAAUCGAGGGCAUGCUCGACCUACACUUUGGUGAUGAGAGCCGGAUCACCUCGCUCUAUUGGAAUGGGCCGAAGGAUCGUCUUGAUAAUCAAUUCCACGUCUCGAGUACGGAUCAUGAGCAUUUCACGGUGACGGCUUCGAUUCCACCGGAUGAAGGUGUUCUUGGAGAUGUCUCGGUCGAUGUGAGAAGUAGUCUGGAGAGUUAG